AUGGCGUUGGAGGAGCUGCGGGCCAACCAUUUGCCGCACCUGCGCACGCUCGCCGUCACCUGCUGCCCUCGCCUGCGCUACCUCCAAGCCGCGGGCCUCUACCGACUCGAGCGGCUGGAGCUUGACGCACCUGAACUGUGCGAGCUCGAGCUCGAGCUUCCGCUCAGCUCAGCGCUCUCCGCCACACCGAACGUCGGUGAUGGCGAUGGCGAUGGCGGUGGCGGUGAUCGCGACCAGGGCGUUCGCUUGGUGGUGCACAGUUUGAUGCCUGCGCUGCAGGAGGUCACCAUCAUCAUUGAAGAGGCGGAGGACCGGCUUGUAUGGGAACAGGGCUGA